CCUCGAUCCUGCACCUCCACCUGCUGGUUUCCAAUUUUCUGCUGCUGCCCAAUCUGAACACGUCUACCUCUUGAUACUCGUAUUUUGUUUUAUCUCCUAGCUCCUCCCGCUCAACGCAAUCUACCUGCUGGUGUUUGUUUACACUCUAGCCAGCUCACUCCGAAGCUCUCCAGGCAACCCCCACCCCCUUUUGACAGGCACAAACCUUUGAUCCCGCGUCUCCUGCUACUCAAAUAAACGUCGACAAGAUGACUCUUUACUACAGCCUUGUCUUCCUUCUCCUGGUGUUCGAGAUGGCGGUCUUCCUGGCGCUCAUCAUCCCUCUUCCAUUCACCAUCAAGCGGAAGCUCUUCGCUUUCGUUUCCGAAAGUCCGAUCAUAGCAAAGCUACAGUAUGGCUUGAAGAUUACAUUCAUCUUCAUCCUCAUCCUGUUCAUUGACAGCGUGAACCGGGUGUACCGGGUGCAGCAGGAGCUGGCUGCCUUUGCCAAGGAUGGUUCUGCAGUCAGUGCCGCCCACCUCGGUACCGACCGCAUGGAGGUGCAGGCCCGCAAGUUCUACUCCCAGCGUAACAUGUACCUAUGCGGCUUCACCCUCUUCCUCUCCCUGAUUCUCAACCGCACCUACAUCAUGAUCCUGGAGGUUCUCCGCCUUGAGGACCGUGUCAAGCUGCUCGAGGGUGACAAGAAGGCCGGCGGCAAGGACUCUGCCCGUAUCGCCGAGGCUGGCUCCGUUGGUGAGAUUGGCUCCCUGAAGAAGCAGCUGGCAGAGAAGGAGCGCGAUAUCGAGACCCUCAAGAAGCAGUGCGAGGGUCUGACUCGCGAGUACCACAAGCUCGGCGAUGAGGUCUCCUCUGGCAAGAGCGAGAAGACCGUGAAGAAGGACCUGUAAAGUGUCCGCCUGGCUGUCUGGUUCUGGAGACCCAGUUCGGCUGCUAUGUGUACUUUCAGCCUCUUCCUAUGGCGCUGAUUUCUAGCACUUGAAACUUCAAAGUACUCCCACUCGUGUCGAAUGCCUGCCAAUUGGUCACAGGCAGGCUGAAUCUGCUCUCCUUGUCAACACACCUUCGCACGCCAUACUGCUCCUCCUUUACACCGAUCGAAAGCAGUCCAUAAAUAUCUCUCCCAGAACUCCUAAAGACUUUCUGCCACCUUGAGAGGCACCACCUACAGAAAUUAGCCCUGAGGAAACGAUGCUUUUGCAUCGUUGUCCCCAUUAUUGACACUAUGUUACCUGGGUGUUGGAAGGACGGAGUCACUGUUCAUGUGCUUGUUUUAGAAGCGCUCCUCCUGUUAGUCUACGCUUGAUUUUUUUUUUAUCUUGGGACCAGGAUUAUCUUGCAUGAUGAAGAUAGGGACUUUAUUCUGGG